AUGGCCUCGUCCUUAGCGAAGCCCCUUGGCCCUUCCGCUGCUGCGAAUACUAUGUUGUCCAGCGUCACUGCCUUUCAGAGCUUCCUCGCCGACAACGCGACCAAGCACCCCGAUAACACUUCUUACGAGCGACGACAAGCGAUUGAGAAGGCCUUCGAGAACCUCCGCGUCGACCUCCCCAAAAUCUACGUGCCGCCUCGCGUCACCAAGCCGAAGCCGUCGCAGCCUGAAAGUGCUCCGGCCUCGCGCUCUCCAAGAACGUGCCCACCGAAGCGUAUUGACGCAUGCUACAAGUGGCUUCUGAACCACUUGCACAACCCGUAUCCCACUCGCGAAGAACGCGAAGACCUCGCCAGGCAGAGCAGCUCCGACAUCAAGUCCAUCACAGCCUGGUUCGUGACAGCUCGCCAGCGUAUCGGCUGGUCCAACCUACGCGCUACUCGCUUUCAACGCUCGCAAGUCCUCAUCGUCGAGGCUGCCUCCAAGUUCUGGCCCGAGCGCGAUACUCGCCAGCCACUCGAGCCUGACCUCGAGCUCCGCUUUGCCGAAAUCGAAGCCAACACCCGCUCGAUGUAUAGCGAAGAGCAGUACCCCAGCGUAACGCUGAUGAACCUGCUUCAAGAACACCAGCCGUCUUCCGUGGCCGUCGCGUCGAAUGCGCCGAGUAAGAAGCGGAAACUGGACGGGCCUGCCGACCACGAUGGCCAGGAGCACAAACGUAGAAGGUCGGCUUCUACGCCACACACAACGUCGACAUCCGAUGUGUCUCGUGAGAGGAAGGUCGUAAGCGCCCGCCGCAAACGGGUCCCGUCUGCUCCUCCACCCCCGACUGCGCACGACGCCGCGCCGCCAACCCUGUCGCUUGCGAGCAGCGUGUCCUCUACUCCUAAGUUUGGCGAGCCCUCGCUGUCGUCGCCCUCCCCAAAGAAUUCCCUCAAGCGCACGCGUUCCGACGACGAUGCUCGCGAGGCCAAGCGCCCUCACCUGCUUCCUGUCUGGAAUGACCCACGCGCUCGUCCUCGUGCAGCCUCGCACUCGGGCGCGAAGACCAGUUCGACGCGCAAGCCGCCAUCGGCUGCUCGUCGCGUUCGUAGCGAGGCUCCUCCGCAACUGUCGCGGAGUGCGUCCACUCCUCUUGUCCCUACCCCAUCGCCCUGGGACGACGACGUCUGGUCGUCCUUAUUCGCCAUCGACACCUCAGGUGUGCAGGAGGCGUCAACAUGCUCGAUUGACCUUCCCGCGUCCGAUGUCAUCAUCAACCCCGUUAACCCCUUUGCCGGCGAGGGACCUUCGCUUCCAUGCGAGAGCAACCUGAGCCCGAUCGAUGUCCACGAAGACGUGGCUUCCCCGUCCGAGACGGUGGACCUGUCUCUGCCGACGUUGUGCUCCACCCCAUCAUCCACCAACACCGACUUCUCUUCUCUCCCAUCCCUGUGCGACGCGCACGAAUUCGACUCCAUCUACCCCCAACUCCCCUCCGCAUUCGACAGUACCUGCGCACCGAUCGACGGUACCUACGCGCCCCUCAUGUGCCCCGAUUACACCUCGUCUGGUCUCGCCGGCGACUGGUACAACUACAACCACCUCGACGAUCCCCUGUUCAUGCUCGGAGCGGAUCUCCAGCAACUCCCUAUCGACGCUGCGCCCUCUCCACCUGAGUGGGAGUGGGCGUUGACUGCUCAGAUGCCCAGCCCGCCGCGGAUGGUGGACGACCUGCCAUCGCCUAGCCGCAAGCGUUCUCUUGAUGAGGACGAUGCGUGCCCAUCGAAAGACUUGCCCGCUGCCAAACGCGUCAAAGUCUAG